AGAGACAACACACCUCUCCUGACCAAUGAUGUGACAAAAAAACAUCCGGUGUAGAUCAGAUGUGCUUCUUUUGACUCAACUGACGCACACCCACACACACACCCCAGCAGGCUCUCCGCUGCGCUACCUGGCGUGACAUGCGGCAAUGUCCCGUGGAAUAUGCCCAAGCGUGAGCUCUCGCGGACCUUUUUGGAUUUUGCCGGCGGUCUUAUUAUUGGCGGCCAGCGCUCUAGACGUGGGCGCCUACAGCUGUCAUGAAGUGAGGACCGCCUUCCAGCUGAGGCAGGUCGGACCGCUGCACAGGGUACCGGAGACACCUGGCACAGAUGUGGAUCUCUUGGUCUGCAAGCACCAGGGCCCAUCUUGCUGCACUCGAAAGAUGGAGGAAAGCUACCAGUUUGCAGUGAAGCGUGAAACACUCCACAACAUUUACUCGUACAGCUACGAGCUGAAGCACCUGAUCUCUAGCCACUCGGAUGCCUUCCAGGAUAUGUUCCAGUACUUGCUAUCGUUCUCUCAAGGACACCUGAGUUCUCUGCUGGAAGGGACCUACACACCCCUUUCCCGUCAAGCAUUGCCCCAUGUGAACCAACUCUUCGCUUCACUCUCCCUUUACCUCCGAGGAGCCAACGUCUCCGUGGAGGCAACAGUCCACACUUUUUUUAAUGACCUCUUCCCACUUGUCUACACAAGACUUAUCAAUCCAGGCAUGGUGGGCAGCAUGGCAGUGGGCCCUGAAAUGACCGACUGCCUCCGUAUGAUCAGGCAGGACGUCAACCCCUUUGGGAGUCAUCCAUCCGUCAUGGCCCAGGAGCUAGCUGAGGCAGUGAGCGUUGGUCGACAUCUGGGCUUGGCCCUCGAGGAAGGCCUGGAUGUGCUGAAUGCUACGGAACACGUCACGUUGAGCAAAGAGUGUAUGAAAGGCCUGGUGAAGAUGGUGUACUGUUCCCACUGCAGAGGAUUGACUCUAAUUAAACCCUGCAUGGGUUACUGUCUAAAUGUUAUGCGUGGCUGCUUGGCCAGCAUAUCUGAGCUGGAUCAGCCUUGGAGGAGGUAUAUCAACUUGUUGGAGCAGCUAACCCACGGCAUGGUGGGCCACCACAGCCUUGAGCUUGCACUGCUUGGAAUCCGCGCUCAUGUCAAUGAGGCCUUGCUCUAUGCACAGCUUCACGGUCCACUCAUCACAGCCACAGUAGACAAGGUGUGUGGCCUGUCCACCGAGGCGCCUACCAGCAUGCAGCCUACCAGCCCGGAGGUCACAACCUCCAGCAUGACCUUAUCAACUCCGUUUCCUUCAGCUGCCCCUUUGAAACCUCUGCCAGAGCAGUGGCUCGGGCAACUCGCACAUUUGAGGAGCUCGCCCCCACUGAAACCCUCCAAGAGCAAUAAACAUAGUCUGAGAACACUCUCUAGGGAGUUCCUGAUGUACCUGCAGCGCUACAAGUCCUUCUAUGCUGCCUUGCCAGAGAUGCUUUGCGAGGGGGAGAAUGUGGUGGAUGAGGCCACGUGCUGGAGUGGAGAUGGUGUGGUGGAGAGUUACACUGGCAGAGUGGUAGGAAAUGGUCUGCAUGCUCAGAGACAAAACCCUGAGGUCAAAGUUCGUAUCCCAAACCCUGCACUCGCCGAAGUUAAGGAGCAGUUGGAAACAUUCAACCAGGAAACCCAGGAGAGAUUUCCAAAUCUGGGUCAGAUGGAGACCUGGGAGGAGCUGGGGAGUGGCGAAACAGAGGGCAGUGCCACAGAUUGUGAUGAUGAAGAUGGAUGUCAAGCCUCAGGAGACGGUCAAGACAAGACCUCACAUACAAAAGUCUCCAGUGAGGUCGCAUCCAUCGGGCCUGGAUCAAAUGGUUCCAAGCAGAAUGCAGCCAAGCCCCCCUCGGUUCGGGUGAUAGGGGGCUCACCUUCUUCCAACUGGCCAGCCCCCUGCGGCCUUGUACUGCUCCUUGCUGCACUUUGCUCACAAUGGACUCUUUUCUGAUGUGACUGUUCUUCAAAGAACUGCAUAUGUGCACACUGACUUUCACAUCACAUAUACGAUCUUCAUCCUGUUGGAUCACCGGAGGAAAAGAAAGACUGUCAGAUUGUUGUUCCGGAGCACACACUCGUCACCAUGUGUGUGUUUGCUGAAGCCAAUUCCAUGCACACACAUCUCCAAACAAAAUCCUCGUUGCUUCCUGUAAGGCUUUCCUCUAUAUAAGUGGACCGGACAUGCGUGCGUACACGCACCAACACAACCUUGUGCCACUUCACUCUCAAUGACACACCCAUGUGAUCACGCAAAGGUUUACCCAAAUGCCAAUUUACAUGACACUUUUUGUUGUUUCAUUUUUCCUGCAUUUUCUUCCACCCAUUCAAAAUAGCUCAUUCAAAAACAUACAGUAUUUCCUCUCUGUGGAUUAUGGAAUGCAUGAUAGAUUGAUAAAACGAUUGCAGGCGCCUGACCCAGAUGAACAAAACGACUGAUUGUGUAUGUUGGCUCCCUUUUAGAAUGUAAUGUGUGCAGGUGUGCACCCCUCACACACAUGGAACUAGGUGUGUAUAGUAAGUAAUUGUAUAUAGUUUGGAAUGAUUUCAUGGUGCGUAUGAUGUUCAGAGUUUGAAUGGGUUGUGCUUGUCUGCUCUGAACACACAGGGAUUUUAUUUCUAUGCAAAUAAAGCAGUGGACUUAAAUGAAGAAGGCAGAAACAAAGAAGCCAGUAGGAUAUUGAUUUCAUGAAUGAUUAGCGUGCAUCCUGUGUUGUGUGUUUGCUUGUGGAACUGCACAUUAAUGCAUGUUGUCAGAAGUGUAAAAAAUGCAUACCUUUUACAUGGUUUAGCCAAAUAACUAACGACCUUACACACUGUACUUUCCGAACUGUAAGUCCAAAAAUGCGUAAUGAAGAGGAAAAGAAUACACAUUCACAAAAUUUCACCAAAUUCAAGACCAACAAAGUGAAUCUGGAAAGGCCUGUUAUUCAACUGCACACAGAACAAUGGCUGAAUAUGUGUCCCUAACACAUGAACAGUUAUUCAGUUAUGCAAUGCAUACAAGGGACACUGAAAAGGCACAAUCAAGGUGUCUGUAUUUUAAUGCCCACAGUACUUUCUAAAAUUAUAGGCUAACAAGAAAACUAAAAAAACAACAAAAAUUGAAAUUUUACAAGGAUAAAGCCAAAUAUAUUUAGUUGAAAAAGUUGUUGUUGAGGAAAAGUUGUAAUUUUAUGAGAAUUAUGUCAUAUUAUGAGGACAAACUUCAUUUUAGUCGCAAAAACUUGAAAUAUUAAAUAAAAAAAUAGAUUUUAAAAAGUUGUAUUCAUGAAGUUAUACUUUUUGAAAAUAUUUUUGGUGAAAAACAAUGUUUUGAAAAUUAAGUCAAACCAUGAUGGCAAUUUUGAGGAGAAAAUUUAAAAUUUAUAAUAAAUUUAAAUUUAUUUAAAUUUAUAAUUUACAAUGUUUAAAUAAUGGGAAAUUAAAAAAACACAGAAAUGAAAAAAAUAUAUUCUUGUAAUUUUACAAGAAUAAAGUGUCAUAGUAUUAGUGACAAACAAAACAAAAUGAAGUUGUAAAUUUUGGAGUUGGGAUGCAGUUUUUUCUUGAAAUGUAUAUAAUUUCUUAACUACAUGUGUUCAGUUACAAAAUAAAGUAUAAUUCCGGGGUAAAUUAACAUAACAAAUCAGUGAGUCCAUCAAGCAAGCAACUGGUAAGCAAGUUCACCAAACUCCCGAUCUCAUUCUACAUCACUGAAUGGCAGGCUAGAGCGUCCUCUCACACCCCUUGUUUUAUGUCAGUUGGUGUGGUACUAACAUUUAAAUACAUGUUAAAUUGUAAAUUAAAGUAUAGUUUGACAUAUAAGCCACAGGACCAGCCAAACUAUGAAAUAAAGUGCAACUUAGAGUCUGGAAAGUAUGCUGCUUUAUACAGUAUUCUGCUAUAGCCCUUCUUAAUGACAUCAUAGUGUAUUUAUUCCUUCUUCUCAAAAUAAUGUUUCUUUCAAGCAUUAGUCACGAUAACAGUAAUGCCCCCCUGGCCUACUCUAAUGCCGAACGUUCCUUGCAAAUCCAGCAGAUUAUGAGUAAAUCCUUAUUUGUCUCCAUGCAGAAGAAAUCCAACAAGCAAGCUGUGUUCCCUAUAAACCACAUCCAUGGCUGUUUGCUGUUUUUUGUUAAUUGUUGGAAUAGAAGGUACCUUCAUGAAUGUAUGUUCUGUACAACUAGUUACUUUACAGUAUUAAAGUGGGCGAUGCACAUAUACAACAUUUCAGCUCCAUGAAAUUGAAAUUUUUGUUUUAUUUCUAUGCAAAUAUGUUCUGUAAUAUGGUAAUACUGUUCAGUGAAGCAUGGGGAGCAUUAUGCCAAUGAUGUUAAUUGGACAGUUUAAAAGGUGCUAAAUUAUGCUCAUAUUUGCUUCAAUCUUUUUUCACCUCCUGCAGUUCACUCCCCAACUGUCGCAUGUGUAUAAAUGUACAUAUUUAAGUAACUGGUCUUGACUUGUUUCUUAUUGUUUGUCUGUUUUGUGUUGGCCUGUUACAGUACACCUGAAGUGUUGUUUUUUGUGACCAAUCAGCAUCCUUAAACGGCAGAACAUAAGGUUAUCCAAAUCUUUCAUAGCCCAAGGUUCAA